AACACCCCAAAAACAGUUCAGGGACAGGGGUACAGAUACAUUUUGACACCAGCGACAGGUGACAGUCCAGUUGCUGAUGUUACAAAACCGAGGGUGCAGCCAGACUACUAGACUGCUGUCUGAAUUGAGGAACUCUGUAGGUAACAAUGAGACAGGCCACAGGACACAGCAGUGACAACCAGAGGAAAAAUGCUACCCAGACUGGAUCUGUUGUGUUUCUCUCCAACCCUUUGAUGAGUGAUAUUGAGUCAGAUUGGUCCCCCAUUCAUGAUGCUACCUACAAUGGACGUGUUCUCACACUGAGAAACCUAAUAGCUCAGGGAACGUGUGUCAACCUGGCCACUCUAGAAAGAGUCUCUCCCCUUCAUGGAGCCUGUCUGCAGCGACACACUGCCUGUGCCAAGUUACUGAUAGAAAAUGGGGCAAAUUACCAGGUGAACGUCCCCACGUUGGAGCAGACCACCCCCCUGUCAGAGGCCUGUGCCCGGGGCCACGUGGCCUGUGUGACCCUGCUCCUCCAGCACGGAGCCUUACCCGAAGGAUACAGCCUCUCAGCCUCCCCCAUCCACCAGGCCGCAGCCAAAGAUCAGGGGUCAUAUUCUGAAGGAGAGACUCCUAAUAGAUAGACAGAUCCUCUGCUUAAUCUCUUCAGACUCCGAGAAACCCCCAACCGGGAUUUGGGGAAAACCGGGGAAUUUAUUGAAAGUUCCUGGAAUUU